AUGCCUCGCUCUAAAUCGCAGCCUCAAUCGCAGCCUCCUGCUGGCUCGUCCUCGGCCGUCCCUGCAACAUUCACCGACUCCCUCCCUCUCCCCAGCAUCAUCGUCUUCGACCUAGACUACACGCUGUGGCCGUUCUGGGUGGACACGCACGUCUCUGCGCCCGUCAGACCCGCCACGCCUCACGGGCAGUCGUCGCAACAACAACAACAACAACAACACAACACCCGCAUGUUGGAUCGCUGGGGCGAGUCCUUCUCCUUCUACAGCGACGUCCCGGCGAUCCUGGCGUCGGCCAAAGAUCGAGGCAUCACUCUAUCUCUCGCCAGUCGGACCCACGCACCAGAUCUGGCCAUGGACAUGCUCCGUGGCCUACACGUCGUCCCUUCUACUACAAGUAAAACUACAACUACGGCAAACGACCCGGACUCGUCAUACUCCUCGGUGUCCUCGUCAUCCUCUUCGUCGUUGUCGUCAUCGUCGAAGGAUUCGUCGCCGUCCAAACCGCUGCGCGCCAUAGACUUCUUCGCGCACGCCCAGAUCUACCCGGGGAACAAGACGACGCAUUUCCGCCGCAUACAAGCCGCGACGGCCAAGCACGGCGACGGCGUCGCGUACGAAGACAUGCUCUUCUUCGACGACGAAGGCCGCAACCGCAACGUCGAGACCGAACUCGGCGUGACCUUCUGGCUCGUCAGGGACGGCGUGACGAAAGACGAGGUCGACGCCGGCGUAUGGGAAUGGAGGAGACAAAGAGGCAUAACGAAAAAGGAACUGAAUCGUCGGCCGGAUCAACACGAAGACUGA